AUGGAUUAAAUAUUUAUUUCUGGUAUUGCAGGAGGCUCAGCAGGAAUCAUUACAGAUUUUAUCUUUUUUCCUAUUGAAACAAUCAAGACAAGAAUCUAAGCAUCAAAUAAUAAAAUUGAUUAUUUCAAAACAGCAGCCAAAGUAAAUAAAUAUAGAGGAGUAUAGCCAUCUUAUCUAUUAUUUGAAGCUUUUAUCAUAAAUUACAGUCUCCUUUCCAUCAGCAUUUAUAUUUUUCUCUACUUAUGAUACAUCUAAAAAAUAUGGUUGUUCACAUAUGCUAGCAGGAGCAUUAGGUGAAUUUGUAACAAAUAUUAUAAGAAAUCCUUUUGAAGUUGUUAAAAAUUAAAUGCAAGUAGGAUUAGAUGCUAAUGUAAGAGACACCUUGAGAUCAAUUUAUUAUGGAUAAGGAUUUAGAGGUUUCUAUGCAGGAUUUACUACAAUAAUAAUGAGAGAAAUACCAUUUAGUGCAAUUCAAUUUCCAAUAUAUGAAAAUAUGAAAAUACACUUUGGAAAUGAUGGAUUUGUAGAUCAUGCUUUAAAUGGUGCUGUAGCAGGAGGUACUGCUGCUUUUUUAACAACACCAUGUGAUGUUGUGAAAUCUAAAUUAAUGACAUAAAGGAAUCAAUUUUAUGAUUCUCUAAGAGGUUGUGUUAAGUCGAUAUAUGAGACAGAAGGAAUUCUAGGUUUCUUCAGAGCUGCACAUAUUCGAACAAUGUAGAUCUCAGUAUCUGGAAUUAUAUUUUUUAGUGCAUAUGAAAGAUGUAAAUUUUAUAUUUCUUCAUUCAAUAAUAGAUCAUGA